AUGAACCAAAUUUCUGAAUAAUUUAGGAGAUUUGACAUUUUUGGACAAGAAAUAAGAUUAUAAGCUGAUGGUCAAUCAGCAUAUAGAACAAAAAUUGGAGCAUUUAUGACUCUAAUUUUAUUUUCCAUUUUAGCUUAUUCUAGUAAUUCUUUUAUUUUAGAGAUGAACAAAGGAAAAAAUGCUGUAUUAAAUUCAAAAGAUUCAGUUAUUGAUACAACUGAUGUAUAAUAUAUGAUGAUUACAUAAUAGGGUUAUACUUUUCAUUCUACUGAACUAAUAUUUGCUGCUGGAUUAGUAGACAGCUUGGGCCAACCUAUUCCAAAUGAUAAAAAUAGAAUAUUUACAAUCAGUUUUUACUUUUGCUAAAAAUAAUAUGGUGAAAAUAAUUGUAUAAAUAUUCCAAGUAUUAUUUGUGGAAAUCGUACUUCUAAUAUUUCUCUGGUAUUUUUAAUAUCAUAUUAAUAAUAGUUAGAAAUACCUCAAAAAUAUUUAGAUAUUACAUAUUGUAUAGAUGAAGAAUAUCUAAAUAAAAAUCCUGAAAUACAAAUCUAAGGAUCACCAAAAUUAGAAAAUUUCUCAUAAUUUGGAGGACUAGUUUAAAGAUGUUAAAAUAACACAUUGAAUUAAAGUAUUUAUUUAUAAAAAUAUUAGAUUGUGCUUCAUCUGAUGAAAUUGAUAGAUAUAUCACAAAUUCAAAUCUAUAUUAUUCUUACUCAUUCCAUUAUUUUAAUAAAGAAUAAGAAGACUCCCCUUACUAAAAAGCAUAAAGUAUAGACUCUACUCCUAUUUUUAAUAAAGUAGGAAAGUAUAUUAGAAUAUAUUUUAAAUAUUCUUAAAGUUAUAUAGAAUAUAACCCUUUUUAUUUUUUCCCUUAAGUUAAAUAGCUUGAAGGAAUUGAAUAUGAAAAUACUGCAAUUGACAGUACAUUAAAUUAUGAAGACAAUAAUAAUAUAGCAUUAUUUGAACUAAAUUUAGAUGCAAAGAAAAAAAUACAUUUUAUAACUUACUAAACUUUGAUGGAUGUAGCUGCAAAAAUUGGAGGACUAUUUACAAUUUUAAGAGUAAUUUUUGAUGUAGUUCUAUUUCCUUUCUAACUCAUUAGUUAUAGACUUUAUUUAGCUAAUUGUUUAUCAAAUUAAUAAAAUAAUGUUAUAAAUGAUGAUAGAUCUAAAAGUAAUGAAGAACUUAAUAUAUAUAAAUUGAUUAUUUCAUCAGCUUCAAGAUAAUUAUAUUUAAAUUAAUCUAUAAAAAUAGAUAAAUUUCUUGAUAUUACAGAGAUACUGAUUAAUCCAAUAAGAAUAACAAAAUAAAUGGAGAAUUUAUAAGGAUCAAUAAAAAGAUAUGACAUUUUAAAUUCUCGAAAUAGAAAUGUUGUUUCAGAAUUAGAAGAGGAAUUAGUAAACGAUAAAAAUAAUGGAUUUUUAUGUUUGAAAUCUAUAAGUCCGUUAUCAAUAAAUGAAGAGUUCAGAAUAGGUAGUUAAAUUAAUAUUAAAGUCCCAUAACUUUAAGUAAAUUGA